AAGAACGGAUCAGAUUUGACACAUCAAAGAGGAAAACCAAACUUGGAGGAACCAGAGACGUCCAAACCAUCAAGACGACACCUCUGCUCCCAGAUUGGAAAGAGUUUUACCAAGUUAGGAAGCCUGAAAAGACAUGAGAGGGGACACACAGAACCGAAGCCACAAAAUUGCACCCAGUGUGGAAGGAGUUUUAGCCACUUAGGAAAUCUGAAAGCUCAUGAGCGAACACACACACGGGAGAGGCCUUUCCAUUGCUCCCAGUGUGGAAAGAAUUUUAAGCGGUUAGACACUCUCAAAACCCAUGAGCAAAUACACACAGGGGAGAAGCCAUACCAUUGUGCCCAGUGUGGAAAUAGUUUUAGCCAGUCAGGAAGCCUGAAAGUUCAUGAGCGAAUACAUACAGGGGAGAAGUCAUACCUUUGCGCCCAGUGUGGAAAGAGUUUCAGCCAGUCAGGAAGCCUGAAGGAACACAUGAGACUGCACACAAGGGAGAAGCCUUACUACUGCUCACAUUGUGGGAAGAGUUUUAACCAUUUAGUUAGCAUGAAAAGACAUGAGAGGAUACACACAGGAGCGAAGCCACACCCGUGCUCCCAGUGUGGAAAGAGUUUUAAGCGGUUAGACACCCUCAAAGCUCAUGAGCGAAUACACACAGGGGAGACACCAUACCAUUGCGCCCAGUGUGGAAAUAGUUUUAGCCAGUCAGGAAGCCUGAAAAUACAUGAGAGAAUACACACAGGGGAGAAGCCAUACCAUUGUGGCCAGUGUGGAAAGAGUUUUAGCCUUUUAGAAAGCCUGAGAGUACAUGAGCGAAUACACACAGGGGAGAAGCCUUACCACUGCUCCCAGUGUUCAAAGUGUUUUACCCAUUUAGGAAGCCUGAAGGAACACAGGAGACUGCACACAGGGGAGAAGCCUUACAAAUGUUCAGACUGUGGGAAGACAUAUUACUCAUCACAGACACUUAAAAGUCAUGUGAGAAUCCACACAGGAGAGAAUGCUUACUUAUCCUAGUGUGUGAACUCAUUUUUCACAUCACAUUGUCCAUUGUCUUAUAUUGUUGUCUGAGAAUGUGUUUACCUGUCUUUACCAUAUGAAAUUAAAUGGUA